AUGUCCCUGUUGCCAUGGCUGCCGUGGCUCUUGCUAGCAGCACGAGGGCAGCCAGGGCCGCAAGGGCAGGAGUUUCCCAAGGGACUGCUCGUCAUCGAGGGAGAUGCCGCGCAAUUUGUGGAUCGCCAUAUGGAGCCCCGCCAUGCUGUGGCCGUCGCCACUGUCCCAAAGGGCUCAAAGAGGCACGACCUCCUGGCAGAUUUGGCAGAAGACGAGGACUUGAGACACCUCCUUGCCAUUGGAGUGACCUUUGCGAAGGGCAGGACUUCUCUGAUGGUUCAGAGAUACCGCUAUGAUCGGCUACGGUAUGAGGGCAAGUGGACCAAAUCAGCGAUCUUCUCGUGGCUACAGGAGGUGGCCUAUCCACCUGUGAAUCACCUGCCACAGUUUGCUCCCACCAAGUUCCUGCCAGAUUCUGAGAGCAACACACAGGUAACUAGAGUGACCUGA